UCGUUUUGCUUUCGACAUAGGAUUUCUGGGGAGGGGAUCUUAGGGAUUCGUUUACGCUGCAGUAAAACAUCAAAGCUACCAAGGGUUUUGUUGUGAAGCAUCUUCUAAUUGAUUCAGAAAGAUUUAAUAUGGCUCAUCCAAGGGACUUAAAGUUCUCUCCGAUUGACCAGAAUUUGGUGGGGUAUUAUCUACGCAACAGAGUUGAUACAGGAAAAGAUGGUUUCAUCACAGAUAUCAAACUUUAUGAAGACGAGCCGUGGCUUCUUCCGCACGUCAAGAAUGAUCAGUUCAAAGAGAACAUGUGGUUUUACUUUGUUGUUAGGACACGUAAUUUGGGGAGCAGGCCCAAACGCACGGUUCCCGGUAGAGGAAGCAGUAACGGCGGAACUUGGACGACAAGUGGCGUAAAGAAGGCGAUCACUGACCGUAACAACCCGAAGGUUGUGAUCGGAUACAAAACAGAACUCGCGUACCACAAGAAAGUCAAGGGAAAGCCUAAAGGAGACACCACUGGUUGGUGUAUGACGGAGUAUUGGCUUGCAAGUGAGAACGAUGCUCAGUUCCAAGAAGUAGUCUUGUGUCAUCUCCGUGACAAUAACAAGAUUGUCGUUGACCAGUCCCCAGAGAGAAAAAACGGAGACAAUGACAUCGUCCCAGAGCAGCCACAACAAGAGAACAGCGAUGACAACAACAAUAUGUUUGACAACAAUAGACUCCUUGAACAACGGCCACUGAUUCCUCCUUUUGAAGCUGAUGAUUCAAGAUUUUCAGUUCAAUACAUGACCCCUUCUGGUGAAGGACAGGGAUUGGGACUUCAAACCAUUAUGGGAUAUUCUGAUAAGGCCACUCAAGAACAACAACAUCCACCGAUUUCUCUUCCUCCUCAACGUCAAGAUUCCGGAAGGAUAAACAACGCACUUGUAAUCAUGGAAGAUGAGUGUGUUAACCAAGAUGAAAUAUUCAAUCUAGCUGACCUGGAAGCCGGCAUCACUCAUCCACAACAACAACAUCGUCAGAUGAUGAUGGAUCCUUAUGAUGAUAUAUCUUUCUCAAGAUUGGCAAUGCCGAACAACCUGAUUUACUUUCAAGAUUCAUGGCAUCAAGAUACCUCUCCAUGGAACAACACCAUAACCACCAAUCCUCGUGGACUCAUAUUCAAUACUCAUGGAUAUGACAUCCAAGAUCAAACUGUCACCAAGGGAGUCAAUCAAGAUUCAUAUUAUUAG